CCGAAACGAGAAGUUGUUGCAUUUUUUCGUAUCUAGUUACCUAUGUUUUCGUUUGUGGAACUGUCAAAAUUGUUUGUUGCCCUGCGGACUUCAGUUUAGUCAUUAAAUUUUCAUUGCUCGUUCGGAGCAGUUGUGCUUCUGGUUGGAAAAUACAAAAAAAAAAACAAAUAUUCGGUUUUCGUGAGCAUUUGUGCUAAAUAUAUUUUUUGUUUAAUUGCGUUUUCGAUCGAAACCCGUUUGUUUCGCGUACAUUGUUUUGUGUGCUGUGCCGUGUUCUGGAAAACAUCCGUUACUGGAUGCCAACAAUGAUAGUGUGAUUAGUCUACGCAGACAUUGAGCAUACAUAUACGGGCGCACACACACCCAUAAAAACGCACAAAAAUUCGCAAUGGACACGCGCAGCUGGCGCAAGGUCCUACUCCAGUGGAUUGGCGAGUGCCACUUCAUCGAAUCGAACUACAUUACCUUGGAGCAGUCGGAUCUGGACUCCUUCUUUUCGGUCUUCAUUCAAAAGAUCCAGGAGACGGAAAAUGUUAAGGGGAAGAAUGAGCUGCAGGAUCAGCCCACAGAACAAAGCCCCCUUGUGCAGGAAUUCCUAGCACAUAACUAUCCCGAGUUCAUUGCACAACAGGAUGACAAGGAAGUCGAUCUGCCUUUGGAUUGCCUUUACGUUUACACGCUCCUGUUGCAUUACUCGUGCGUUAAGAAGCCCAGCUUGUUCUUUCACAACAUCUGCAAUAAACUGCCGGAGCUGACACAGACAUGCAUCGCAUCCUUCUUUCGAGAGACCGUGGACAGGCUGUUGACGCGCGAAUAUCUUAGCCAGGCGAUCGCCAACGUUGCAGUUGUUUACCGACAAGGGGUUUCGACCUCAGUCAGCCCAUGUCUUCCCAGCAGCAGCCUGAGUCCCGAUCCGAGGAGCGAUGAUGCACCAUGCCCAUCCACGCCCUCAUCGUCAUCGUCACAGCCGUCGAGCAGCACGCCACAGUUGCGCAAUCAUCGCGAACAACUUCGCCUGAAUGGCUGCGAAAUGCCACCUCCUUCGACCCCGAAAACGGAGCUACUGGAGCAACGCACCAAGGAGCUGCGCGGUAUUCGUACCCAGCUGGAGGUGGUGCGCUACGAAAAGGCCUUGCUGGAGGAGCAGCAAAUGGAGAAGGACGAGCUCAUUAAAGUUCUCAACAAAGAGAAAAUGAUGGCCAAGAUGGAACUAGAAAAACUAAGAAACGUGAAGCUAACCGAAGAGCACCACGAUAACGAGAGCCACCACAUUAUGCCAUAUGAGUUUGAGCAUAUGAAGGGAUGCCUUUUAAAGGAAAUCGGUCUAAAGGAGAGUCUCAUCGCUGAGAUUACCGAUAAGCUGCAUGAUUUGCGUGUCGAAAAUUCCGAGCUGUCCGAGAAGCUGAAUCUGGCAGGAAAACGAUUGCUGGAGUAUACGGACCGCAUUCGAUUCCUUGAAAGUCGUGUAGACGACUUGACUCGUAUCGUAUCGUCCAGGGACGUUAUGAUCUCCUCUCUGGAGUCCGAUAAACAGGAAUUGGAUAAGUGCCUUAAAGAAGCCCGCGACGACUUGCACAACCGAAUCGAGGUCUUAAACGCAUCCUCGGAUUUACUCGACUGUUCGCUGUCGCCGAACACCACGCCCGAGAAUUUGGCCAGUUCCGUGAUUGACAAACAGUUGCGCGAGAAGGAGCAUGAGAAUGCCGAGCUAAAGGAGAAGCUGCUGAAUCUGAACAAUUCCCAGCGGGAGCUAUGUCAGGCCCUUUCAAGUUUCCUUCAGAAGCACAAUAUCGAUCACGAGUUUCCGGUAGAAUGGACAUCGUCGUCCCUGUUGUCCACCAUUUCUGCGAUCGAAAGUAAAUUUGUUAACACGUUGGAGAAGAGUACGCAAAUGAAGAAGGAAUGCGACGUUCAGUCUGUGUGCGUCGAAAAACUACUGGAGAAAUGCAAGCUGUUAUCUGUAUCGCUGGGAUGCCAGCCAAAAGAGCUAGAUGGAUUCGAGGCCACAAUACCGGAGGCAAUGGAGUCGGGUUUCGAAUCGAGCCGUGAGUGUGAAACCAUUUUGAGUUGUUGUCAUAUGAAGGUAGUCGAUAUAGCAUCGAAAAACAACGACCUGGAGUUAGACAACGAAAGGCUUAAUGAUAAAUGCGCUGAGCUUAAAUCAAUAAUUGAUCGCGGGGAUCAACAUUUGGCCGAUAUCAAUCUGCAGCUAAUCGAGAAGGAAAAGCAGAUAAAAGAUGUGGGCGCUGAAAUUCAGGAGCUGCGCAAAAGGAAUAUAAACCUUGAAAAUAUGCUCAGCCAAAUUGCAGAUAAAGAGGCCAGUGCGGCAAGCCAUGCACAGCAUUUGAAGCAGUGCGGUGAGCUUUUAAGAGCCAAGUAUGAAGUGUGUCGAAAUGAACUAAUUGCUAAGAACGCGGCCCAAGAUGAGUUGGUCCGGAUGAUGAUGGUGCCAGAUGGGGAGACCUUAAAUGGGCGCGUACGCCAACUGAUCGAUCUGGAGAUGAUGCAUGAUGAACAUAACAAGAUGUAUGCACAGAUGCUGAAGCAAUUAAAUGAACUCAGCGCUAAACAUGACAACAUGACGCAUUCCCAUCUAGACUUUGUAAAGAGAACGGAGAUCGAAUUGGAAACGAAGAAUGCACAGAUCAUGGCAUUCGAUGAGCAUAACAAUCAUUUUGAUCGUUUUCUGACCCGCAUCUUUACACUCUUAAGAAGUAGAAAUUGUCCGAAAUCCACGACCAUGGGCUCAGCGACCAACUUUCUGGAAUCGAUGCAUAUUGAAAAGCGGUUUGAGAAUAUUGAAAUGUUAAUUGAGGGGCAAUUGCUUUCGGCUGAUGAUCUCAAGCGGGAGUUGGAUGAUCUUCGGUCGAAAAAUGAGGAGCUCGCUAAGCAGAACAUCAAUGGAAUAAUAAAACGCAAUAAAUUCAUCACUUCUCUAGAGGUCAACACCGAAAAAGUGAAGCAAUACAUAACAGAUCUAGAGGAAGAAGCUUUCAAGAGAAAGCAAAAGGUAGUCCAGCUGGAAAAUACUCUAAGCAAGGAGCAAAGCAAUGCGAAAGAAAUGGCACAGAGGUUAGACAUAGCACAGCAGGAAAUAAAGGACUACCAUGUGGAAGCCAUUAGGUUUAUCAAUACCAUUAGGGAUCGCCUUCAGCAAGAUUUCAAUGGCGUAAACACCCCACAGCAGCUGGGCACUUGUAUGACCGAAUUUUUAAAAAUGUAUGACCAGAUGGAGGUGCGAUACGAGGAGUCCUCGUCGUUGGUAGAAAAGCUCACGGAAUCUCAAGCAAAAUUGGAGAUGCAAGUGGCUGAGCUACAGGUAGAGCUAGAAAAUAAGGAUACCAACCAGCAUUCGGGUGCCUUGAUAAAACAGCUAAACGACACCAUCCAAAACCUAGAGAAGGUCAACGCAAAGUUAAGCGAGGACAACACUGUAUCGCAUACCGUGCAUUCAAAGUUGAAUGAGAGUUUGUUAAAAGCGCAAAAAGAGUUAGACCUUCGUGCGAAAAUAAUCGAAAAUCUGGAGGCUUCGGAAAGGAACCUCUCCAUGAAGUUGUGCGAGCUGAAAGAUCUGAAAAACAAACUGAAGUCAUCUGAUGAAAAAAUUGCCCAGAUAAAGGAAACGUAUGAAGAACAGAUUAAAGCUCUUCAAGCUAAAUGUGACAUGGAGGCUAAGAAAAACGAGCACUUGGAGAGAAAUCAAAAUCAAAGCUUAACACAGCUCAAAGAGGACGCACUUGAAAAUUGUGUACUUAUGUCGACAAAACUAGAGGAACUGCAGGCAAAGCUGCAGGAAGGACAGCAGCUUGUAGAUAGCCAGAAGCUGGAGCUGGACAUGAACCGGAAAGAACUGGCUCUGGUUAAGUCUGCCUAUGAGGCACAGACCAAGCUAUCAGAUGAUUUGCAGCGUCAAAAGGAAUCCGGCCAGCAGCUUGUAGAUAACCUGAAAGUGGAGCUGGAGAAGGAGCGGAAAGAACUGGCUCAUGUUAACUCUGCCAUUGGGGCACAGACCAAGCUAUCAGAUGAUUUGGAGUGUCAAAAGGAAUCCGGCCAGCAGCUUGUAGAUAACCUGAAAGUGGAGCUGGAGAAGGAACGGAAAGAACUGGCUCAGGUUAAGUCUGUCAUUGAGGCACAGACCAAACUAUCAGAUGAUUUGCAGCGUGAAAAGGAAUCUGCCCAGCAGCUUGUAGAUAACCUGAAAGUGGAGUUGGACAAGGAGCGGAAAGAACUGGCUCAGGUUAAUUCGGCCUUUGAGGCACAGACCAAACUAUCAGAUGAUUUGCAGCGUCAAAAGGAAUCUGCCCAGCAGCUUGUAGAUAACCUGAAAGUGGAGUUGGACAAGGAGCGGAAAGAACUGGCUCAGGUUAAUUCGGCCUUUGAGGCACAGACCAAACUAUCAGAUGAUUUGCAGCGUGAAAAGGAAUCUGCCCAGCAGCUUGUAGAUAACCUGAAAGUGGAGUUGGACAAGGAGCGGAAAGAACUGGCUCAGGUUAAGUCUGUCAUUGAGGCACAGACCAAACUAUCAGAUGAUUUGCAGCGUCAAAAGGAAUCUGCCCAGCAGCUUGUAGAUAACCUGAAAGUGGAGCUGGACAAGGAGCGGAAAGAACUGGCUAAGGUUAAGUCUGUCAUUGAGGCACAGACCAAACUAUCAGAUGAUUUGCAGCGUCAAAAGGAAUCUGCCCAGCAGCUUGAGGCACAGACCAAACUAUCAGAUGAUUUGCAGCGUCAAAAGGAAUCUGCCCAGCAGCUUGUAGAUAACCUGAAAGUGGAGUUGGACAAGGAGCGGAAAGAACUGGCUCAGGUUAAGUCUGUCAUUGAGGCACAGACCAAACUAUCAGAUGAUUUGCAGCGUCAAAAGGAAUCUGCCCAGCAGCUUGUAGAUAAUCUGAAAAUGGAGCUGGACAAGGAGCGGAAAGAACUGGCUCAGGUUAAGUCUGCCAUUGGGGCACAGACCAAGCUAUCAGAUGAUUUGGAGUGUCAAAAGGAAUCCGUCCAGCAGCUUGUAGAUAACCUGAAAGUGGAGCUGGAGAAGGAACGGAAAGAACUGGCUAAGGUUAAUUCGGCCUUCGAGGCACAGACCAAACUAUCAGAUGACUUGAAGCUUCAAAAGGAAGAUGCACAGCGAGAGGUUUUCCUGGUCAAGGAGCGAUUGGUGAAGGAAAAGCGUGAGUUCGAGGUGAAAUUGGCCACCCUUGAAGACAUAAUCGAAACAUUGGAGAUGCGCUGUACUCAGAUGGAAGAGGAGCGUGCGACUGCUUACGAACAGAUCAAUAAGUUGGAGAACCGUUGCCAAGAAAAAGACAACGUCAAGUCAAGUCAAUUGCAAGUGGAAACUUUUAAGGUCGAGUGCUUGCAUCAUCAGCUAAAAUCCGAGAUGGCUACCCACAACUCGUUGGUAGAAGAUCUUAACCGAAAGCUGGCAGAGAAAGUCAGUAAGUUGGAUUUCGUUCAGAGUCGCCUAAUGACUGAAAUCGCCGAGCAUAACCAGGUCAAGGACCAACUAGCCCAGAUCACCGAUAUACCUAAGGUAGUCGAACUGCAGCAUCGCUUGGAAGCGGAGACUGCCGAGCGUGAAGAGGCCCAGAAUAAACUGGCUGUGGUCACCGGACGUUUAGACGAAAUUACCCGGGAGUUGGACAACGCUCGGCUCGAGCAUGGCGCCCAGAUACUAAGGAUGGAGGAGACGGCUCGUGAAGUUGGGAAUAAAAAUGCCGAGUUGUGUGAACUCAUCGAAUUCUAUAGGAAUCGCGUGGAAGCUCUUGAACGGCUGCUUCUCGCUUCCAACCAAGAGUUGGAAGAACUAAAUUCCAUCCAGUCUAACCAGGCGGAGGGCGUAAGAGAUCUUGGCGACACAUAUAGCGCGGCUGAAGGACGCCAAACGGAGUCGGAUCAGGAUAAGGAGAGAUACCAAAAGCUAGCGCUAGACUGCAAGAUAUUGCAGGCCAAGUAUCGCGAUGCCAAGGAUGAGAUUAAGCGCUGCGAGAAGAAGAUAAAGGACCAGCGUCUUGAGAUGGAGGGAAAGCUGGAGAAGAUGAAAAACAAGAUGCGUUCCUUGUAUACGGCGGAGGUGACGCGCAUGAAGGAGAAGCAGGAACGGGAUGCGGCCAAAAGCGCGUCGGAGCUGGAGGCACUCACCGCACAGAAUGCCAAAUACGAAGAGCAUACACGCAAGCUAUCCAAUCAGAUUGUACGGUUGAACGAGAAGAUUCUGGAGCAGCAGAAGCAGCAUGCGAUCAUUAGCACCAAUCUGCGUCACCUGCAGAUGCAGCCCAUCAGCGAAACGAAACCAUCCAGCACAACGCUCACCGUUUCGUCCAGUUCGUCGGCGCCGAACGAUGACUGGCAGCCCUUCAAGCGGCCCAAUGUACCGUCCUCCAAUCUGGCUAUGGAAGAUGAAGAGGGCGAGGUAUUUAACAACACUUACCUGACGGAUCUCAAAUUGGGCCGUGUGCCGGCAGACAUGACAGCCGAGGAGCUGAUUUAUCGGAAUUCGUUGCAACCGCCGCAUUUGAAGAGCACUUAUGCUGCCCAAUAUGAUUUGGGCAGCCAGGACGAAGAUCUCAAAGUAAGCGUUAGCAGUUCUCCGACAUCCAGUGCCAGAUACGCCGGCAGUAGUGGCAGCAGCAGCAGCAGCAGCAACAGCAACAGACACGGCACAAAUACCACACCGUUAAAGGCACAGCAGGCAGCCAUGAAGGCUAAGUGGGCACGCAUUUUGCGUCGCCCAUAGAACCAUUAAUCUUAAUCCCUAACUAGACACCGAGACGGACCCCACAGUCUGGAUGACAGCAUGAGUGCUUUGCUGAGCUCUUCGAGCACCGGAACGCGCAAGAAAUCCAUGGGCACCCACUACAAACGACCUGGACCGCCCACGCCGAGCAAGAACGGCGGCCGUUUGUCAUUCGGUAGCUCGGAGCCGCCACGCGAGAUUUUGCGUGAAUUCGGCGACCAUAACAAUACCUCCAAGACGCCGGCGCGCUUCAAGUUCCUGACGCAGCGAUUCAGCGUUGGCAGCAGCGGUUUACCCCGGGACGAGCUGCCGCGGCGCAAGCGGCCGAAUCUUCUGACCGGAAUACACCGGCGUAGGCUGCGCCAUGCGGUGGACAUAUUUUGUACAUCAACGCCACGCAAAAGCCGCUCCUACUACGAUCAGCAGCGUAUGAUCGGCGCCAGUGAUGCGGACAAAUCAGAGGCUGUUGAAACCGAAGACGAAGUGAUCGAAGUGGAGCCCGAUGCUGUGCCAGAGUUGGAGCCUCUAGAAGACGCCGACCAACAGGGCACUCCGCAUCUGUCCACUGCAGCAUUGCUGGCCCUGACCAAAGGCAAUACCCGGCGUCUCACUGGCACAACUAAGUCGAAAAAAGGACGCGUUUCGCUGUCCCUUCAUGGCAACAUUUUUGCCAAGAGCCGGCCAGCGUCGUUCGUAGCCGGGAAAAGGGUGCAGCUACGCCGGAAGUUGCGCCGUGAUCGGAUAAUGGGACGCUUCGAUGAGGCCCGUCACCUGGAUCAGAUGCGCCUAUCACACUCUGCUCAGGCGGCCAAGUCGCCCGAAAAUAACAAUUACAGUCUACACAAUCGCAACGAGGAGGAGCACCUGCCCAGCGAGAAUAACGUGAUGGGCAAGACGGUAGUGCUGGUGGGCAAGAGGCGAUUGAGUCCGGUCGUGUCCACCACAUUCAACGUGGAGGAGCGCAGCGAGACUUCGCUGCUGCAGCAACAAUUUGAGCACGAAAACUGUGUCACCUGGGCAAUGCAUGGUGGCGAAAGUGUGAUGAUGGAGGAGACCCAGAACGACUGGUACUUCGAGCAGCUGUGCAAGGAGACGGAAUCCACGGCACCCUUUCAGCUGCAGCCGCUGGACUACAAGCCGCUUGAUGAGGAGCAAGUUGAGCCGAAAUUCACACAACUGGUGGCCGCCUCUUGCAGUAAUAUCACUACGACUAGCUGUGCCACCAACAUGACCGGCGCCUCAUCUUGUACAGUCUAUUCGAUCGGCAGUGUGCACAUGCAGCCGCUGCCGCAGAUCAAUAUCACCUAUGUCCAGCAACCAUCGGACUUGCAACAGCGCAGGCCAACGCGCCACCGCUCGUUAAUGGCUCAGUGCAGGCGGUUCCUACGCCAUCUGAGUCUUGGCCAGCGAUUGGUCAUGGGCUUUGCAUUGCUGGUCAUGGUGGGGCUGUCCUUGCAUCUGGCGGACAAGCUAGUGCUGGUGAUCACUGGCAUCUUGUCGGGAAUGGGGCUCGUCUUUCUCACCUAUUCGUGCCCCGGACGCAAUUAGAAGCGGCAACGAAAGCAAUGGGAAACGCACAAAUCUUGCUGAUGAUCUAUGAUGAUGAUAUAUGUAUGUUCGUUAUGUGUAAUCAUGUUCACUUAUUCCUUUACAGAACUCGCCGCCCAAGCGACGCCUCAGCAACAUGUUCAAGCGCAAGUAGGCGUGGUCGCAGUCGCAGUAUUAUACAUAUAUUCCCCCAUUCGUGUACAUCAAUCGGAACUUGAAUUCUUGACUUAUUAUUUAUGUAACCAUUUUUUUUUUUUUUGUACAUCAGGACUUAGAGAGUUUAGUUUAAGUAUGCAUAUGUUGCAGUGGUACAAUAUCGUGGGCGAACAUAAUAAUGCAAAUAAAAUUGUCUGUACAUAUUCUAG